AUGGUCAUCGCGGAAUUAUUCUACGUCUUCACAUCAAUCCCUCUACGGAUCGGCUUCCUGUUCGACCCGUACUCCCCCAAAGACUGGAAGACUGGCUGGACUAUUGAGCUCACAGUGUUCACAACGUUGGAUCUACUCGCAGACGCUGCAGGUUUUGCUAGUUUGAUGGAUAUAUUCGCUUCACAGCGGAGGGAGCAGGCGGCACUCGCUGCGGACGCCACUGGGGCCAUUGGAGCCAGAAGACAACGGGCAACAACCGGUCCCAAGCCCGUGGAGAGGAAGUCGUCACUAUUCUCCAGAAUGCGCGACUCGAUGCUCGUGACCUGGUCGCUGAACACCAUUAUCCCAGCUAGUCACAAGCACCACGGCAUCGGCAAGGCCGUGCUACUAGAACUGACGUCGAUGAUCCCGUUAGAGCUUCUGUCGAUAUCCUUACAACCGAAUUCGCUGCAUUUGCUGCGAAUACUCAAGAUGCUGCGCUUGUAUCGAGUGCCAGGUUGUUUCCGCGAGCUUAAGAAGAUGUACACAGGCUCAACCAUCGUGCAGAUGCUCGAGUAUACAGGCAAUGCAGUACUGUUCAACACAGUCGUGCUGGGGGUGGCUUGGAGUCACUGGAUCGCGUGCGGGUACAUGGCAGUCGCACAUCUCGAGUGCGGCAUCGACUUUCGCCUCUGCUUAAAGGCGCACACAGUCUUCACUACCAUACCUGAAGCUGGAGAAGGCGGGAUACCCGAAGGGAUUGCUGGUGUUUCGCCCACUGGAGAGGGAUCUGGAUACACGUGCUGGGCCAUUGAGGACUAUUUAGUGGGCACGGGCGUGCCGAGGCAGUACGGACGUGCCAUAUACUGGGCCGCGCGCUCAGUGGUGACUGCGGGCUUCUACGACGUGGCUGCAACUACCAAUAUCGAGACGCUCUACGCGAUCUUCGCGCAGAUCGUGGGCGCCAUCUUCAGUACGGCCGUGUUGGCCACGUUCCUCUUCAUCUUCCGGUACAGGAAUGCCAGAAUGCAGGAGUUCAUGGCCCACGUGGACAGCGCCAAAGAGUACAUGCAGAUGCGGCACUUCCCCGAAAGCGUAAGGGAAGGAGUGCUGAGCUACUACAAGAACGUGUGGGCUACCCACCAUGCACUUCACCACGACGAGGCUAUCGAACGGCUACCCGGUCAUUUACGCGUGAGUGUCUACAGCGUUCUCAAGGUGCACCGCAUCCAGAACGUGGCCUUCUUGGCCAAAGAAUGCAUCGAGUUCAUCAACACGUUGGCCCUGCGCAUCGAGUACUGGGUCUACUCGCCCAAAGACUGGAUCAUCGAGAAACUACCGGACGGAAUGUAUUUCGUGCUGCGAGGGAGCGUUCAACUCGACGGUCCUAGCCAUCCACAGGUAACGUUCGCCAAGGCUGGAGACCAUUUCGCAGAGGGAUGUUUGCUCUUCCCCGGCCGCUCGGACGAGCGCGCGCGGGCUCAGACCUACUGCGACCUGUACAAACUCCCGCAGGGCUCCUUCCACAAGACCUUGAAGAUAUUUUUUCGCGAAAAAGCACCACAACACUUGGAGGACAUGCGCUCGAUGCACGCGCGUCACGAUCAACAAGAGCAGAAGAUGAAGCGGAUGCUCGGACGCUCCGCAGACAACGACACGGCCAGCAUCAACUUCAGUCAAGGCUCUGGCCGACACAGUUUAGUGUUCGGCCACGACGCGCGUGGAGUCACAAUCAAGAAGAUCCCGUGGCGGAUGCCCGGCUCCAACUUCCGCAAGUGGUGGGAGCACGCGCGCUUGUUCUCGCUCAUCUUUGUGGUGUUUGAAGUGCCGCUCUACUGCGUCUUCGAUGCGGAUACCUUUCCGUUCGGCAACAAGUCCAUGUACUCGGUGCAGUCGAUGGUGGCUGUACUCGUUGAGGCGUUUUUCGUGGCGGAUUUCGUGUUGCGCGCGCGGUUCUUCGCGUACGUGGACCAGCUCGCACUCAUCACUGUGAGUGACUCGAGCUACAUCUUUGACUUCUACCGGGAGAAUGGCUUGUGGGUCGACCUACUGGCGAUUGUCCCGCUUCCGCUGGUAGUGGAGUUUGUUGUGCGUCGAGGCAACGGCUGGACCAUGUGGCUUCACGUUACGAGGCUUGUGCGUCUCCUUCGAGGCCGCUACCUACAUCAAACCAUCCAGGAAUUCGCGCAUAUCCGCGGGCUUUCCUCGAAGAUACAACAGGCGGGGACGAUGUUGCUGUAUGUGACGUUGACACUGCACGCAGUAGGGUGCUUUUGGUUCCUCAUGGCUCGUUUCAGUGUCUUGGAGCGCGAGUUCGAGCCCAUCGAGGAGGAAAUCACUCGUGACCGAUGUCUUCGAGACGCUGGUCUUCAUGGGAAUUGUUCCUGGACGUUGUAUGACGCUUAUGGUCAAAUAGGCACGACGUUCAAGGUGCAAGACUCGGACUCGAUCUAUACCGUGAAAAUGGCCUACGUGCGCUCUAUCUACUGGGCCAUCGUGGCGCUUACGACGGUCGGGUACGGUGAUAUUGUAGCCUUUUCAACGUAUGAAAGCUACUUUGCAGCCUUUUGGGUAUUUGUCGGGGGUAUCAUCAACUAUGGCGUCGUGGGGGCCAUGUCGAACAUCAUUUCCAACCUUACGGCAGGCAGCCGCCACCACUCGGAAAAGAUGAACGAGGUGAACGUCACGCUCGGUCACUUCCGCAUCUCCGAGAGCGUCCGCGCGCGCAUCCGCCAGUUCUACCACCAGCAACAGUACGUGCAGAAGGUGACGUCCGAGGUGCAGCUACUCGACGGACUGCCUAGCCAACUGCGUCACCGAAUCUCCAGCAUCCUCCACGCCGAGUCUGUGCGGAAAGUGCCUCUGUUUAUCGAUGCGCACAACGAGCGUCUGCUGUAUGAACUCACGGGGCUUUUCCGGCGCCAAUUAUUCCAGCGUGGAGACCCGUUCUUCGCGGAGGGAACGCUGUGCGAGCAAAUGUACGUCGUCGUGAGUGGCAGGGCCAAUAUCUACAGUAAACGGGUAGGGGCUGUUCCAGUCGGAGCUCUGUCAGCGGGUGACUGCUUCGGCGUAUGCGAACUUGUGUUGCAGAAGAGCUUCAGCACAACCGUCAUUGCUGCGACUGUAGUAGAUGCGUCGGUUAUCACGUACAAGGCCUUCAUCUCGAAGAUUGAGCGCUACUUUCCCGCAGAGAUGGAGACGCUGCAGAUGGAGGCGACGCAGCAGCACAUUUUCGACACGUUGACGCUCGAGGCGGUGAUCGACAACAUCAAGUCGCGCUCGACCUUGUCCAAGUUUACGGAGCAGUGCACGAGCAUGUUCGAGGAGAAGGAGAACUGGGGCCAGCAACGCAUCAAGAUGCGGAUUCGACUCUAUUGGGACCUGGUUGUGCUGGUGCUGGAUAUCUACAAUGCCUUCCAGGUCACGUUUCGCAUUGGAUUUCUAGCGCACCCUUCGAGUGGCCUUCGACUCGGACUCAUCGUCUCCGACUUCAUUGGUGACGCGUUGCUCCUCGCCGAUAUCUACCUCAAGCUCUAUUACUUCGAGUGCGAGGGCGUUGGGUUGGGCAAUCUACUUUCUCUGGACGAGCGGAGUACGACCUACACGGGGCAUGAACUACGCAGCGAUCUACUCAGCAGCCUCCCGCUCUACUACGUGGGCAGCAGUUUUCUAGCCAUGAGUUUAUGUCGAUUGCCACGGCUGCUUCGACUGCACCAAGUGCCUGGAACCAUCGACUCGCUGAUUAUGCGUCUCCAGCAGCGCUUCUCCGCUGGUGGCAACAUUUCAGCCUACUUGAGCCCCAUCAAACUCGUGCUGAUCCUGCUCUUCACAGGACACUUGGCUGCCUGCGUCUUCUACCUCAUCUGCCAUACAGACCACAACCCGAAGAACUGGACCCACCACGACCCCAUCGUUCACAUGGAGCACGAAUCUGUGGGCGUGUUGUACCUCCGGGCCUUUUACUGGGCCUUGACCACGCUGACACUCGUCGGAUCUCGAGAGAUUGUUCCGCUGAGCAUGCCUGGUACGCUUUGGGCCACGUUCACGUGCUUGUGCUGUGCGUUUAUCGUGGGUCACAUUGUCGGAGAGCUCUCGGAGCUCAUUCUGGAGAUGGACAAGACUAAGAAGGAGCUCAAGGAACGCGAAGCUCACUUCGACCAGUUCGCCAAGGACCACAAUCUACCUGCAAAUAUUCGUACGCGCGUGCUGCACUACCUGAAGUUCCAGCACCACUACCUCAAGGGCAUGGACAUCUACGCCACCUUCAGCGAUUUGUCCCCCAAUCUGCGCGUGCAAUUGAUGAUGGAUCUCCAUGGGGAUACACUAGAGAACGUCUGCAUCGCGCCCUUCUUGAACCAGACGCAGAUCAAUGGACUGGCAGUGCGACUGAAAUCCGAGCUGUAUAUCCCUGGAGACACGAUCAUAGUGGAGGGCGACCUGGGUCACAAGCUCUACAUCGUCAAAGGGGGGACUGGUAUGGUGCUCUGGAAGUCCACAGGUACAGUCGCCACGACAUGCAGCGAGAUUCUCGUGUUAGGUCGACGCUCCUGGGAGGAGCUGCUAGCCUCGAGUCCGCGCGAAGAGGCUGAAGCAACUGAACGCUCAUUGGUGCAGUGGGUGCAGUUCUGCCUUAAGGGGUAUAACAUCAUGACAGUGGAGAUCGUCAAGGACAUCAAAGCCGGGGGUUCUGCUCGC